AUGGUGUUGUUCGAGGUCAAGGACUUGGCGGUCAAACGCGACAAGGGCACGGCUAUAUUCUCCAACGUCAAUUUCGAUCUGAACCCCGGAGACGUCGUUGUCCUCCAAGGCAAGUCAGGAGCGGGGAAGUCUACUCUGCUGAAGGCUCUCGCCAACUUGAACAUCUUCGACGGCCGGAUCCUCCUCAGAGGAAGGCUUGGCCUCUCACCCGGGCUUGGAUUUCAUGUAGGAGUUCCCGCCUAUCGCACGCGCGUCCAGUACGUGCCGCAGCGGCCCUCGAUGCUCCCUGGGACGCCGCGCGAUUUCGUGAAUACCAUUUCCUCGUUUGGCAAAGCCUGGGGUAUCGAGAAGGAGCUGUGGGAUCGCUCGUGGACCGAGCUCAGCGGCGGCGAGUCGCAGCGGAUCGUGCUGGCUGUGGCCGUCGGACUGGACGCCGCCGAGGUCCUCCUGCUCGAUGAGCCUACGUCUGCCCUCGACGCGGCGAGCUGCGCAGCGGUGGAGACGUACCUGUUGGACGAGGUCCGCAGCGCGGAGUCUAGGCUCCAGGCGUUGAUAUGGGUUACACAUUCGGAAGAGCAGGGGGUGCGGGUGGGCACUCGCUUCAUCCAUAUAACGCCGGACGGCGUGAGGGAGGAGUCGCCGUUGUCGCAGCCAUAG